UGCUGCCCGGGCCCGGCGGCGCUGGGAGAGGAGCGGCAGCGGCGGGGCCCCAUGCGGCGGCCGGCACGGCGCUCUCCGCCGCCGGGCCCCAGCACCAGCACCACCACCAGCAGCGGUACCGGCGGCAGCCGCCGAUGACCUGGAGCAGCAGCAUGAGCAGCGGCUACAGCAGCCUGGAGGAGGAGGAGUCCGAGGAGUUCUUCUUCACCGCCCGCACCUCCUUCUUCAGGAGGCCGCCGGGCAAGACCCGCGCCGCCCCGCAAGAUGUUCAGAAGGAGAGAGAACCUCAUGUUUAUCUCAGUAAAGAAGAAGUUAAAGAGAAAAUACAAAGCUAUAAUUCAUCUGUCACUGAUAAAUUAAAGAUGACUUUGAACUCAAAUGGGAUUUACACUGGCUUCAUCAAAGUUCAAAUGGAACUAUGCAGACCGAUCACUGUGCAGUCUUCCCCCAGCCAGGGAAGGUGUGCUCACAGCAAUAACGAAACUGCUUUUUACUUGCCGAACGACUGUGUGAAUACACUUCACAUCAGCAGCACCAAUACUGUUCGUGAAGUUAUUGAGGCCUUGCUCAAAAAGUUUUUCGUGACCGACAACCCCGCGAAAUUUGCACUUUACAAACGCUGUCACAAGGAAGACCAAGUUUAUACAUGCAAGCUGUCAGACCGAGAACAUCCCCUCUACCUGCGUUUGGUGGCAGGCCCCAGAACGGAAAUGCUUAGUUUUGUUCUACGUGAGCAUGAAACUGGAGAAGUUAUGUGGGAAGCUUUUAGUCUUCCUGAACUGCAAAACUUCUUGCGUAUACUGGACAAAGAGGAAAACGAGCAACUUCAAAUCUUAAAGAAGCGUUAUGCAGCUUACAGAGACAAACUUGAAGAAGCCCUUGGUGGAGUGUGGAAACCUGGUUAAAAGGGGGCCAAAGAACACUCAGGAAAAACGCACGCUACCAAAUGUCAGUAUAGCAUGCCAAACCCAAUGUACAAAAGAGCAGCAAGGAGUAGUUUUCUUUAUUCAGAAGACUGUUUUGUGAUGCCAGGGUACCUGAACUUUGCUAUAGACUUAGUUCCAUAAGCCAGGUCACUUAAGAUCUUGCACCCACAAGUGUAAGGGAUUCUGCAUGUUUGUACAUCAGUUUGCAACCCUCUGUGUGCCUAGAGAGUUUUCCAAGUUAUCUUGGUGCAAGCUGUGAAACUGUAAUCAAUUUUCUAGGAUGCUAUGAAAUAAGAUUAUUUUUUUCUUCUUUGCUUUAAUGGUAGCUUUUCAAGUAAGGAGGUGCAAAUUAAUUGG